AUGGACAUAAACCAUACUUUCACCAAUAUAGCUGGAGCAGACAUGCCAUAUCCCACAGUGAAUCCAUCAUCAACGCAAAAAAGUGUUUUGAUAGACGAACCUCACUUUGAAGCCCAGGAAAUUGAUGACAUAAUAGUACGGAACGGUUACGAAGACUUCUAUUAUAACCUAAUAAUCAAGCUUUUCUACUUUGCAGCUGCAGAGUUCGCUAUUUUCCUACUUUUGAAUAUAGGUUGGUUUUUCAUGUGCUCUAUAGCCAUAUAUGAUACGGAAACGAUCAUUUACAGAGACGCUAAGGAGAAAGAAAAACGGAAAAAGAGCAAGUACACGAUAGUUCCUGAAGAAGAAGAGAGUGUUGACCGGCAAGAGUCAACGGCAGGAUUAGCUAUCAACAAAGUCAAAAACUGGCUUAGGUUCACGAGGGAAAACAAAGAUUUCGAUAUUGAACGCGGAAGUGCUCGAUCAGGAAACCGAUACUUCGCGUAGCCUACAGGCACAAUCGUAUCAUGUUGAGAACGCAUUCCCUAUGCCGAUAUAUCUUCAUCUAAGACGGUUAUUUCAUCGUAUUUUCACUGCUAUUAUCAAAUAAACGAAAAGCAUAUUUUUUUGAACUCAUAUUUAAUUUGUGGUGCUACAUAACCUGCCAAACUCCUAUUCAACAUGCUUUUUAAGAUAAAUGACCUGA